UUUUUCUCAGAUCAGAUAUGUUGUUUCAGUUUCCCUCAACGUGUACAUUUCGGUUCGUGCGUUGUGUUUAAAUGCCAGCCAUUGCAAUUUUAUUACGUGAAGGGAUCGUAAUGAGCUUAUGCAUCGCAGCAGACCCGAGCUUCUUAUAUUUUCUUAUGUCGUUCUCUUCAUCCUGACUUUUCUGACAAACAAGUAUGUCCUGACUGUGGAAGGAUUCGCAUACCCAGCUGUUUUUCAGAGCUGGCAAGUGUUUGCAGGGUUCGUUGGGUUUCUACUAACAGUACUUUUUUCAAGAUGGAAAUGGCACGUUGGAUGUUUUGUAACUGUCGUCCAAUAUACAUGGAAGACCAUUCCUUUCUAUACUCUAAGCAUCUAUGCUGGCUCACGAGCACUCACAACUCUUCCAUUGGCCAUAUUUUUGGGAAUUCAUAAUUCACUUUCGUUACUCCAUUGUGGAAUGGACCUGGAUAUCACUGAGCAGAGCAUUUUCUUCAAUCCCACUUCAAAACAACUUGUUGCUUUCAUAUCAGUUGCUGUAAGCAGCAUGAUGCUAGUGAUUACAGUGCCAAAAAAUUUCGGAAAUGCCAUGUGGUGGAUGUUGUUACACGUCUGCAGUACUGGUAUUGUUCUAGCCCAUGAGAAGAUUUUUACGUAUUGCUCAAAAACAGACACAUUCAAUAGACAAGUUAUGCAUUACAUAUCAAGUUUUGUAAUUCUGUUACCUACAAGCUACAUUUUAGGGGACUUCCAUGCUGUACAGCACUAUCCUUUUCUAUCCUCUCCAGCUUUCUGGUCGACAUUUGUUAUAAGUGGCAUCGUAGGUUGUCUGCUUGCGUUGAUUCAUCAAAGUGCUCUCAGGGUAGACAUACCAGAGAUUAACCUCGUUGGGCUUGCAAAGGCACUCGUAUCAUUAUUGUCCUUGGUAUUAUUCGGCUUGCCACCUGUUCCCGAGCGUUACUUAUUUUGGACUACCCUCUCUUUAUUUGGAGCCAUGUUCUUACCGAAGGCAUCAAAUCAAGACUCCAAUAUCUGCUCGCAAGCUAGAGCUCGAUGUACUCUUGAGCAUGUAUAAUGAGAUUUGCGCUGUAGAGUCGUAGAAAUCAGGUCUGAAUGGUCACAGAACAUCAGGAUAAUUUCAAGAUAAGGGAGCAUUGAACGUGGUUCUUAGAAGCAUAAUUUUUAGGGCAUGGAAAUUUUAGAACGUGAGCGGUAUUACAUAUUCAAGGUAAUACAGUCAGGAAGGAGGUAACAUAUAGGCUUGAGAAUAGGUCAUUGUACUCCUGAAUUCUUGUUGGGCGAGUUCUGUAUGGCACUCAACUGUCGUAAUGGAGGUGAGCAUUUUUUUUGAAGAUAUGUAUGCAUUGCAGUGACAUUCGUACCUUGAGUCCAUGUCCGAAAAGUGUGAAAAGCAUUAAGCUUGGUGAGUGAUGAAGCAGUGAGGCAAGUUAAUGAAAGUUGAAAAAUGAUAGAUUAUGAAGUCAAUUUUCAUAUUGCUGCAAUGCUGGGUGUUUUUUCUUUUUUAGAACAAUAGCAAAACGUGUAUAACUCAUGAAAUAACAUGUAAUUCAUGUUUUCCUAAAGGACCCUUGGACUUGGUUAGUUUUGUAAUAUACGAAUGCUAAAUUCUGCUUGAUUACUAACUUACCAGAAUAAGAGGUGCCUGAUAGAAGUUGAGGUCUGUUGCUUAAGUUAGAAAGGCACAUGCUCGAACAAUAUCAUUUGCUGUGAUAUCCAUGUUGUCAUUGUUCCUCCCCCCCCCCCCCCCCCCCAUAAAGCUUUUCGUGUAACCAAAAGCAUAUUCUGUUUUGUUUUUUUAAUCAUGAGUUUGUAAAUCAUUUUGCUCUGUCUUACCUAGUUGCAGUUUUGAGAUUGCUUGCAAUAAUUGGUCUGACACGUGAGCAAAAAGUGAUUUUAAUGUCAAAAACUUGAGAUGCCAUACAUUGUUACUGUUGCAGUCCAUAUGCACUAACCUUCUGCUCUGCCGUGAAAUUUAUUUUUCGUUUAUUUAUCCGUUACUCUGUGGCUGUAUGUAUAAUCCAUGUGAUACUUGAGUGCCUCAUGAGAAGCAAAUGUUGGACUACACAGAUGUCAUUCUGAACACAUGAGUUGAAAAAUGCAACCCAUCGUGAGAACUUCACGAGAAUAUUGCUUGAACUGUACAGCUAUGGACUGCUCAUAGAAGUGAUCAAAAGACAAUACAUGCUAAAGAGUUCAUUUGUUGUUAGACCUGUCAGGUAGCUCUAGCUUGUGUCAAGCUCUUUAAUUGUUUUUGUUUUUAUUUCAUGUAAAGUUUUUACACAUAUGUGCUAAUCAUUUUGCACUUUUGUAAAAGCAGUCCUUGGGUACAUUUAGAAGUCAUGGAGUCAUGGACUGCUGUUGUAUGUGUAACCACUGUGAUUACAUUUAGCUUGAUAGUCCAUCAACUGCUACAUUUUAAUUGCAAUUUCUACCGCUAUAUAUUGUUAGUUUUAUGAAGAGUUGAAUGCUCAGUUGUGAAAUUGUAUGAGUAACAAAAUGCGUUUAACAAUCAUCUUCGCACGUUUGAGUUGAAUGUGAAAUUGCAGCAGAGUGAGAAUGCUAUUGAAUGUCUUUUGAAUUGCCCUUUGCAAAGCAAACAGCAGCUCAAACCCUUCAUGUACCUUGUGUUAUCGUGCCAGAUUUGAUCAUUAGAAAUGAAUGAAUGGCAGUAAUUUUACGUCCCUGUGGAGUUUUAAAUUUACUUACAUUUCCAAAUGACUACGGCAGCUACAGUAACAGUUAGCAUUAUCAUAUGGCGAAAGUUUACUCUUUUCAGUGACACAGGUGACACUCUACAGUUCUGUUGAGGGGAGUUUAGCGUAGUAGAAAUAUCUAAGUGAAAAACUCACUUCCUUUUGAUUUGCCGAACAAGUGUAUCUUUGUACUGACAUGCAUCUUUUUUGGAAUCAUCAUUUAUGGGUAUGAUACUUUUUGGGAGUUAGGUAUAUUGACAGCUGCUGACUAUGCUGCUGACAUGUCUGAGAAAAGUUAUUUUUUAUAAAUUCAACUGUUCAAAGA